AUGGAGUCUGAGAUGCCAUUGAAAUUCAAUGUUGACUACGAAGGCGACCAUCUUGAAUGCCAACUUGUAAAGCUGUUUGAUCCAUAUUGAAUCCUGCUCUCUAUAGCGUCUGCUUGACGAGCUAAAAUGUCUUGAGCUGCAGCAAAAAAGAACUCCAAGACAAAUUAAAUUUCAGGAGGUUCUUCGGAUUGAAUUAAAGGAGCAUGAGGUAUUUUUUGUUCAUUUAUGUAUAAUGUUUGAUAGAUUCGAUUCAAUGGCAGCUGGUGUGUAUUCCGAUUAUCGGAAGACCCACGCAAAACGCAUAAACAAAAGGAUUUUCUGCGGACGGUGCUCAGUGCAAUUCUGAAGUAUUGGAGAGAAACGUUCCCAAAGUAUAAUUAUUGGUACGACGUUAAGUUUCUGAUCACCUCAAAUUUAAAGCGACGACUCGCUCUUAGUAGCAACUGAGGCCAUGUAUGAAUUGAUAAAGGAAGAAAAUUGUGAAUUAAACAAAAACGCAUGUUUUCGGGAUGCAGAGAUUUAG